GGCGGUGGCGGGGGUGACGCCCCAUUGUGCUUGGCGGAGAGAGGUCGCCCUGUGUCCGUCCGCAGAAUAAUGGAUUGUGUCCUCCCGCCGGCCCGCUCCCCGCGGCGCUCUCUCCCCUCCGGGCCGGGGGACCGCGUGCUCACCCAGGGCACCCUUCAUCGCCGGUGGCAGAGACGAGACGAGGUCACCGAGGCCCCGAGAGGCGGAGUGACCGGCCCGAGGUCACGAGGGCGGAGCCGGGACCGGAGCCCCCGUCCCCCGCGUCGCGCGCCGCUCGGCCUCGCAGCCCCCGAGUGACCGGCCCCUAUGCCCAACAUGAGCUGGAGCUUCCUGACGCGGCUGCUGGAGGAGAUCCACCACCACUCCACCUUCGUGGGCAAGGUGUGGCUGACGGUGCUGGUGGUCUUCCGCAUCGUGCUGACGGCCGUGGGCGGCGAGUCCAUCUACUCGGACGAGCAGAGCAAGUUCACCUGCAACACCAAGCAGCCGGGCUGCGACAACGUCUGCUACGACGCCUUCGCGCCCCUGUCGCACGUGCGCUUCUGGGUCUUCCAGAUCGUCCUCAUCUCCACGCCGGCCGUGGUCUACCUGGGCUACGCCGUGCACCGGCUGGCCCGGGCCGCCGACCCCCGGCCGCGGGGGCCCCCCCGCCGCCCCCGCCGCCGGGGGUCGGGCCGCCGGCGCCCCCGCGCCCCGCAGGACCGGCCGGGCCCCCGACGAGGAGCGGCCGAUGCUGGACGGGCGGCGGCCAAGGGGCGCGCGACGGCGACGGGCCACCCCCGCGACGGGCGCCAGGCCGGCGCCGCCGGCGACGAGGACGACGAGGACGACGAGCGAGGCGGGGGGGGCGGCGGGGCGACCCCGGCGGUCCCCGGCGGCCCCUCGCGGCGGCGGGCCGACGGGCGGCGGCGCAUCGUGCGCGCGGGGUUGAUGCGCGUCUACGUGGCGCAGCUGGUGGCCCGGGCCGGGCUGGAGGUGGGCUUCCUGGUGGGCCAGUACCUGCUGUACGGCUUCGAGGUGCGGCCCUUCUUCCGCUGCGGCCGGGCCCCCUGCCCCCACCUGGUCGACUGCUUCGUCUCCCGGCCCACCGAGAAGACCGUCUUCCUGCUGGCCAUGUACCUCGUCAGCUGCCUCUGCCUCCUGCUCAACCUGGGCGAGAUGGCCCACCUGGGCUGCGGCGCCCUGCGCGACGCCGUGCGCCUCCGCCGGGCCCCCGGGCCGUCCGGGCCCCCCGCCUCCCCCGGGCCCCCCGACUACGACCUGGUGGUCCGGGCCGAGAAGCCCCCGCGCCCUGGGCCCGUCCCCGUCCCCGUCCCGCCGGGCCUCCCCCGCGGCCCCGAGCCCGGCAGCUCCAGCAGCAGGGACGGGAAGACCUCGGUGUGGAUCUGACCGUCGAGGGGGCGCCCCCUUUCCCCCCCCGCCUCCUCCCCUCGAACCCCGGACCCGGGGGCCGCCGCCUUGCCGGGCCCCCUCCGCCCGACGGAGGGGAAACCCCCCAUAGCGACGAGACCCGGAAUCGGGCUACUCGCUCGGCGCUCCCUCGGUGCCAAGCGCCGGACCGGAGGCCGGGGCGGAGGCCGGCCGACGGCGUCGAGCACGUCCCCCCGUGGGGCGCGCGGGCUCCCGGCCCCGUCGGACGGAGAGGGACGCCGAGGCCCCGAGGAGCCAGGUGACUGGCCCGGGGUCACCCGGCAGGCCGGGGUCGGGGCCCGGGGGGCUCGCCGUGGGGCUCGCGGCGUCUAGCGCGGCGCUCGGCCCGUAACGAGCGCUCGGCGAACGCCACGGUUGCGACCGACGGUCCGGGCCUCGACGGACCCCUCCCCUCUUCCCCGAGCCCGGCGGUCCCCCGGGUCUG